AUGGGUUGUGCUGCAUCUAAAAAGUUUACUAAGAAAGGAACAGCCUUUGAUGAUUAUACUUAAAAAUUAGAUUCUGAUGAUCAAACCAAUUUAGGAAUGAUCGCUUUCAAAAGCCUUGAGAAGAAACACAUGGUAAUUAACUUAGAGAUGUUAUCAAGUAUGACUUAUUUAUAUAAAAAUAGAAACAUGUUCCCCUGAACAUAAGUGCAGAUUAGGUGAAAUACUUGAAGAAAUUUGA